AUGAGCGUCGUCAUCGGCGCGUACUUCGGCGUGGGCGCGCGCGUGCUGCUCACCGAGUUCGCCGACGUCAUGCACGCGAGUCAGACGGAGCUGCUGGAGCUGCUGGGCUUCGGCUACUUCCUGCCGAACGUCGCGGGCUGCUUCGUCAUGGGCGUCGCGACUCGGAUCAAGCCCGUGCUGCGUGGCCAGUACGAGGUGCUGCUGACCGGAGUCACCACGGGCUUCUGCGGCUGCUGCACCACCUUCGCCAGUUGGGACCUUGGCGCCGCUCUCAUGUUCGUCCACGGCCGCUGGCUCAACGCCAUCUUGAUGCUGGCGGUGCAAGUGGCCAGCGCCAUGGUGAGUCUUCGGGCCGGCUUCCACGUGGCCGAGGGGAUCGUCCACCACCUCACGCUGCAGGAGUACCCGUUCCGCAAGCCGCCGGUGAACCUUGGCCAGCUCAAUCUGGACCUGGACAGGAACAUCAACCACUUCAGGGAGAUCAAGAUGCACACGUUCGGACCGCUCGUCGCGCGACGAGUGCGCGCUACGGAAGAGUCGCUGGCUAUCGCUCGGGAUUCGUGCAUCGAGCUGAUGGCGGAAGUUACGCAGGUGGAACACGAGCAGUAUCCCGUUCACCACCACAACGCUGCGUGGAUUCUGCCUGCGCUCCUCUUAACGGCGCUCUUCUGGGCAUUAGCCUUCUGCGGCUUCGACAACUACCCAAGCUCGCGACUGCUGGCGCUCUGCUUGGGCCCUUUCGGUGCACUGCUGCGGUGGUACUUGUCACUGUACAAUAGCAAACCUAUGUGCAAGAGGUUCCCGCUUUUCACGUUCCUGCCGAACGUGGUCGCGUCGUGCCUCAGCUGCGGCAUGGAGAUCGUCGGCAGUAUUACGUUCCAGAACAGCGCGUCGGCGUACCGUCAUUUCGUGAUGUUCGGCCAAGGAGGCGUCAUGGUGGGCUUCCUGGGGUCUCUGUCCACGGUAUCGACGUGGGUGAACGAGCUGGAUGGGCUCUCGUCGCGGCGUUUAUAUUGGGCCUACCGCUACGGCUUCAGUAGUGUCAUCGUCUCGCAGCUUGCGAGUGUUAUUAUUCUCGGUAUAUACGACGCGUACGGCAGCGAUCCUCUCCUCGGAUAG